AUCUUCUUCCAGGUUCUUAAUGAUGUAGUCAAUAAUAGGAUUGUUGGUAUUAAUUUGGAACAAUAAUGCCAGCUGCAUGCUUCGUGGCUAUUGGCAGAGGGGUGACCUUGCAGGUCAGCUAAGCAGUCCUGGAAGUGCUUUGAUCUGAUCUAUACAGAGCUAGAGCUGUCUAGUCUAACAAGGGAAGCUAGUGAGGUCUCUCUCCAUGGGAUGCUGAUUCUUCUCCAAAGAGCACUGAGGACAGCAUGGCAGUGGCUUUUGAUGCAAUGCUGGCUCGGGUCAAGGAUGUUUGUAAAAGAAAUGGUUUGCUCAUUCUGUCAGUACUGUCUGUCAUAGUGGGAUGUCUUCUUGGAUUCUUCCUCAGGACCAGGCGGCUCUCUCAGCAGGAAAUUAGUUAUUUCCAAUUCCCUGGGGAGUUAUUGAUGAGGAUGCUGAAAAUGUUGAUUCUACCACUGGUUGUCUCAAGCUUAAUGUCUGGACUAGCAGCCUUGGAUGCUAAGACUUCCAGUCGAUUAGGCAUCAUAACCGUCACUUACUAUCUAUGGACAACAUUUGUGGCUGUGAUUGUGGGAAUAAUUAUGGUCUCCAUUAUCCAUCCUGGUGGAGCAGCCCAGAAGGAGAGCACUGAAGAGAGUGGAAAGCCAAUUAUGAGCUCUGCAGAUGCAUUGCUAGACUUAAUUCGGAACAUGUUCCCAGCCAACCUUGUUGAGGCCACAUUCAAACAGUAUCGCACCAAGAGCAUUCCUAUAAUCAAAUCCAACAAGGCAGCUUCUGAAAGCACCACUCGUCGGAUCAUAAUAUAUGGGGUCCAGGAUGAGAAUGGAUCCAAUGUCCAGAAUUUUGCCCUGGAUAUUACUCCCCCUCCAGAAGUGAUUUACAAAUCUGAGCCAGGCACCAGCGAUGGCAUGAACGUGCUGGGGAUUGUGAUAUUCUCUGCCACCAUGGGUAUAAUGUUGGGCAGAAUGGGUAACAGUGGAGUUCCCUUGGUCAGUUUUUGCCAGUGUUUAAAUGAAUCUGUCAUGAAGAUAGUGGCAGUUGCUGUGUGGUAUUUUCCUUUUGGAAUAGUGUUUCUUAUUGCGGGCAAGAUCUUGGAAAUGGAUGAUCCUACAGCUAUUGGGAAGAAGCUGGGCUUUUAUGCCAUUACUGUGGUUUGUGGCCUGGUGGUUCAUGGACUGUUCAUUCUGCCAAUGAUGUACUUCUUUAUCACUAAGAAAAACCCCAUUGUUUUCAUCAGAGGGAUUCUUCAAGCCUUGCUAAUUGCUCUGGCCACAUCAUCCAGCUCAGCCACAUUGCCUAUAACUUUCAAGUGCUUGUUGGAGAAUAACCAUGUUGACAGAAGGAUUGCCAGAUUUGUGCUGCCUGUUGGGGCCACGAUCAAUAUGGACGGAACUGCCCUAUACGAAGCGGUGGCAGCAAUCUUUAUUGCUCAAGUAAACAAUUAUGAGCUGGAUUUUGGACAGAUUAUUACUAUAAGUAUCACAGCAACAGCUGCCAGCAUCGGUGCUGCAGGGAUCCCACAAGCUGGCCUUGUGACUAUGGUCAUUGUUCUGACAUCAGUUGGGCUGCCUACAGAUGACAUCACUUUAAUUAUUGCAGUUGACUGGGCAUUAGACAGAUUUAGAACAAUGAUCAAUGUCUUGGGAGAUGCCCUCGCUGCUGGAAUCAUGGCUCAUGUCUGCAGAAAGGAGUUCACCAAGGAUGGUGAUGAGGUGCCAUUGAUCUGUGAAACUAAACCCAUCAGCAUUCAUCAAAUCAUGGCUUACCAGAGAAAUGGUUGUGUGAAGAACAUGAGUGAGUCUCAUGGACCAGAAACAGUGAAAGCGUUUCAGCACCAUAUACCUAUACAAGUGGAGCAAGAACUAAACCCAGCGGAGAACCACACAAAGAAAUCCAACAGUAAAGACCACUGCGCUAUUGAAAUCAAUGAACUGGAAACAAAUGUGUAAUUGCUACGUUUGAUGGUAUCUGAUACCCAGUGACCUGGUACCCAAUCACUACCUCACAGCUGGAGGGAGGACUCUGUCUUAUAUGGAAAAAAAAUGUGGAGUUAUGGUCAGCAUGCUUGUACUGGAGCUAGGAGACUAGCUGUGAUGAGAAAAGAUACAAGGCUUGAAAGAGAUAGGGGGCUUCUUAGGGGGAUGAUUUUUAAUACUGGGAAAUUAACCAAUGGACAACUUUGGUUCUCCCUGGGCAAACUGAUUUGAUUCCAGUAUAGUAUCUGACAUUCCUUUCUUGCUUUUUUUUAUUUAACCCCUUUUUAAUUAUUUCUGACAAAAGCCUUUUUUUGCCUCUCACUAAUUAUGAACAUGGUAUUUAUGUAGAUGUAUUGCUGCCAGAAACGAAUUUACAAAAGGUACUGAGAGUGUACUAAUUUUGUCUUCUCUUCUACUCCUUAAACAAAGAGUUUACGCUUAGUUUUAGAAUAGCACUAAGAAAAUUGCCUGAUCUCAAGAGGCAAAUCUUUUGUAACUAAUAAUGCCACAAACUGAAAGCAAAGCAAAAUAUUUAUCUUUGCAAGAAAACACAUUUAAAAAGCUAUUCUGUUAUAUACACUUCAAAGAUAGGCAUCAAACUGCAAUAUAUGGUUCAAAGAUGUCUAGAUUCUUGCAAAGGAUGGUUUGCCUUCUAAGUGCCAGAUCCACACAGAAUUUUUUAAAAAUCUAUCUCUGCAGUAGAAUCAGUACAAUAUACCUGCAAUGGCAGAACCAUGCAAGCCCUAACACAUACGCACAGGUGCUAAAGAGUGUUCACUGUUCUCUUCUUUCAUUUAUAGACUGUUCCACUGUAGAUGUAUAAGCUCAAUUCUCACAGCUCUUGACGAAUAUGCUUCAUUCCAAGGGCAGACUAAACACAGACUGGAACCCAAUGCAGAUGAGUAAUAUUUGGGUUUUGCAGGGAGUUUGCUGUGGAAACUGGCUUUUUAUUUUUCAUUAUACCGUGGGUUGGACUAUACUGAAUGUUGUCUCUUUUUUUAGCCAUUACUGAAUCUUUGGUUACAAUAAAUUCUGCUGGGUGUGUUACCAAUGUUUGCAAUGAAGAACAUUUUUAAAUA